AUGGACCAGGCCUCUUUCUUUCUGACCAAGUUCGCGGUGGACGGGCUCGCCGAAUUCAUUGCCCUGGGGGAGCAGGGUGUCGACAUUGUGAAUGCCUUCGUUGGUCUGGCAUCGCAGUUGCUACAGAUGCCUGACGAUGACGAGGUGUAUAUCGAGAAGGCGCCUGCAGUGGCAUUGAACUACUUGCAGCGCCUUUUGAAAGUUGUCAACUUCCUGGACGGCGUGCAGCCAUCCAGUUCGACGCCACCCAGCGUGUUCGUCGACAUCCAGUCCGUGGUGAACGGCCCGUUGAAGGGCAAUGCCGAUGGCGACCCUUUCGCGUUCGUCGGCAAGGCUCUCGAUCAGGAACCGUUCUGGAAGAAAAAACUCGGGAUCCUCGAGCGCACGGUGCAGUUCGUCUUGGAGGCCGUUGGCGCCGAAUUUGGCAAGGACCUGGAGGCCGCGACCCUGAACUCGUUGACCACUUCAGUCCAUGAGUUCCUAAAGCAAGCCAGCGACGGGACCAUCCUCCCAGCUAUUGGCGCUAAGCUGGCGGCCUCAUACAUCGAAGUCCUACACACGGCAGAGACGGUCAUGCCUUUUUCCUGUGAAGUUGGUCGGUGCACGGAGGAGGUCAAGAAGAAGAAAACGGAGCUGGAGACUUCGAAGAACAAGAGUUCUUUCCUGGAGGUGCUUGGUUCCGUCGCCAGCGGAACAUGCUCAGCUGAGGACUUCAAGAAGAUCGGUGAGACCACGGAUUUGUCACUAGUGCAGGGCGACUCGGUGGUUCAGGCGAAGCUUUCGGACGCGCUGGAGUCGACCUUGAAAAAACUAGUAGAUGCGGAUGCGAUUCCAGCCUCUGACCUCGAGCUUCUAGAGAGCAUGCAGGGCACGAUGAACUCCGCCAUCCGCUCCAGGGCGAACGUCGCGGUGAAGCACCUCCGCGCUGUCAUGGAUCUCAACGACGCUUUGGCUAUGGUCUUCGCAUUGGGCGAUGGCGAUAUCGCCAAGGUGGUUGGGCACGCGAAGAUUGACGACGAGCUCCAUAAGGCCUCCAGGGCGGUCAACCAGGUGAAGGCUUGCCCAUCGGCGACUGCAGGUGAUGCUACCUUGAUCGCGCUCACCUCCAAGUGCGCGGGCAUCGCCGAGAAGCAGAUCAGCGACUACCAGCAGGUAUGCGAGAAGUUCGUGGACUCCUUGCGGGAGGCGGCGCGCCAGGUUUUGGCCAAGUUCGGGUCGGGCCUGCUGGACAAGCUGAAGGCUGAUCAGUGGAUGAGCGAGAUCAACGCGUCCGUGGAUUGGGACGAGGCGAAGAAGAUCACCGCCACCGUUCUCGCCGACCUCAACGACGAGCAGAUCUUGGCGCACUGCAGUGCGUGCAAGAAGGCGUUCGAGGCCUACUCCGAGAAGUCCAAGGAGCUCAAGUUGGCGGUCGACGCUGAGCUGAAAGGCACCGUGGACGACGCGCUCCACUGGGUCCAGAACGUAACGUUCGCAUACAUGGUCGUGAAGGGGAAGCUCGACAAUGAGGGCAGCACCAACCCAGCAGUGGACACGCGCGAGGCCAUGGUGCAGCUCCAAGCCCGCAUGUCUGAGGCUGGGUUUGUGCCUGGCCGCCGUCUCCCGUCGGUGGUGCUGAGCUUCUACAGGGCUGGCUUGCGCAUGGCGUGGCGCUCGGGCGACUGCCCGCG